AUGUCUAAAUAUGAACGCUUUGAAAUGCAACCAAAAGAAACAAUUCAGGAAAUGUUCACUCGUUUCACUAACAUAACUAAUGAACUUGUCUCUCUUGGAAGAAUUAUUCCCUCUGAUGAACAGGUUAGGGAAAUUCCGAGGAGCAUGCCUCAAUAUGACCGAUGGAGGACCAAGGUCACUGCAUUGUUCGAAACCAAAGAUUUCACCAAAUUCUACAUUGAGCAGUUGGAAGGAUCCCUAAUGACACAUGCAUUGCAUCUAGGAGUAGCUGUUCCUGAGAAUCCAAAAAACCGAGGUCUUGCUCUUAAGGCUGAGGAUCAAGAGGAUUCAGAACCUGAUGAAGAAGAGGCUGCUAUGCUGGCCAGAAGGAUGAAACGAUUUCACAGGAGCUUCAAACCUGGAAAUCAUAAAGGAAGGAACUCUGGAAGAAAAAUGAAUGGUUCCAAAUCUGACCAAGGAUGCUUAAAGUGUGGAACUGGGAAAGAUCCUUCAAAUGAGGUAAGCUCCACAACUCUUCAAACUUUGUCCAAUAAUAGGUUGAUUGAAUUACGAAUAGAAACUCUAGAUAAUUUUAAGAAGCUUAGUAUAAUAAAGGAACAAAGUGAUAAAGCUUUAGAACUCAGUAAAGGACAUAUAACCUACCUAAAUAAUGUCAGAUCUAAGGUGCAAGAACUCAGUCAAUACAAGUUGUUCAAUUUAAGUCUAGACCCUACUAGAUCCACUGAAAUAAAUAUGGGAGUUUUUACUGUUGAUCUAGAAAGAUUGAAUAGUGAGUUGACCACUGUAAAGGAACAAAAGGAGAAAUUAAUAAAGGAACUCGCUCUAGCUAAUGCUUGGAAACAAUCUACUAAACAACUCCUAAGUGGAUUGAGACUGCCAAAUCCAAAAGAACAGAAGAAAGAGGAACAGGCUCCAAAAAAUGAAAACUAUGUCAAGAAAAUGUGGGUUAGAAAGGCUGAUCCUAUAGUGGAAAAGGAACUCGAGGAAACCCGAGUUCUUGGAGAAAUUAUCGCUAUUGGAAAAGUCGGAAGGUUAAGUUCCCAUUCAAUCGACAACGUGUUCCUUGUAGAAGGAUUGAUGUAUAGUCUGCUAAGCAUUUCACAGUUUUGUGAUAAAGGAAACUCGGUAAGCUUUACUUUAGAAAAUUUUCGAAUUAUAAACAAUGACAGCAAGAAAGUUAUUUUGGAAGGAAGUCGGCAAAGGAACAAAUAUACUGUGGAUCUCAACAAAGUUCCAAGGAACAACUUAACUUGUCUUAGUGUCAUUGAAGAAGAUCCUCUUCUGUGGCAUAAGAGAUUCGGACAUGCCAGCUUUUCACUGCUUGACAAACUAAGAUCAAAGGAACUAGUAAGAGGGUUACCUUCUAUCAAGUUCCUUAAAGAUAAAGUUUGUGAAGCCUGUGCCAAAGGAAAACAUGUCAGAAGUUAUUUUAAGCCUAAGAACAUAGUAAGGACAACGAAACCAUUGGAACUCAUCCAUAUGGACUUGUGUGGACCUAUGAGAAUACAAAGCAGAAGUGGGAAACGAUAUGUCUUAGUUAUAGUUGAUGAUUAUUCACGUUUCACUUGGGUUAUUUUUCUAACAAGUAAAGAUGAAACUUUUGACGAGUUUGUUGCCUUUGCCAAGAAAAUUCAAAGAACCACAGCUCAUCAACUAAUAUAUAUAAGGUCGGAUCAUGGAACUGAAUUUGAAAACCACAAGUUCACUGAAUACUGCAAGGAACAAGGUAUUGAUCAUAACUUCUCUGCUCUUAGGACUCCACAAAAAAAUGGAGUCGUUGAAAGGAAAAAUAGAACCUUGGAAGACAUGGCUAGAACCAUGUUAAUUGCCAGUUCCUUACCACGUAACUUCUGGGCAGAAGCAGUAAACACAGCUUGUUACAUUGUCAAUAGAGUCAUGAUCAGGGUCGUAUUAAACAAGACUCCCUAUGAGCUACUAAAAGGAACAACACCUAAUAUCUCUUACUUUAGAGCCUUUGGAUGUAAAUGCUUUAUCCAUAACAAUGGAAAAAGAAACCUAGGGAAAUUCGAUGAAAGAGGUGAUGAGGCAGUGUUCUUAGGAUACGCCUUAAACAGUAAAGCUUACAAAGUCUAUAAUAAGCGGUCAAUGUGUGUUGAGGAGAGUGUACAUAUUAUUUUUGAUGAAACUAACAAUACUAAUGAAGUUCAGGAUCAGGAGAAUUUUGAUAUUGGUUUGAUUCGCCUUACAGAUAAUGAUGAGGAAUAUUCUCCACCUGAACUACACAAGGAAGAUUAG